UAGACAAGGAUGAGGUUCUUUUGGGCUUAAAUAUAGACAAGAAGAGGCUACUUAACCUCAGAUUCCUUUAUAUUUAGCUUUUUUUAUCAAGUGUGUGUGUGUGUGUGUGUGUGUGUGUGUGUGUGUGUGCCUGCCUUUGAUAACUUAGCAAUUAAAUAAGAGAGCUGUGAUUUAUCUUCAUUUCAGAGAGCAAGUAUGGACAACAGCUACCAGCCUUCAUAUGAAGAAGCUCCAUCUCGCUCCUGUCUCUUCAGAGCUGUCGGGCUGUUCACUGGAGACAUGCAUCUCUGCAAAGAGUGGGUGAAAAGACAGCUUGUGGUAAUCCAACUGCUGGACUGGAUUCUCCGAGGGGUGGCCCAGGUCAUGUUCGUCAACAACCCUGUCAGUGGGCUCCUCAUCACGGCCGGCCUCUUCCUGCAAAACCCUUGGUGGGCUCUGAAUGGUCUUCUGGGAACCUUUGUCUCCACUGUGUCCGCCAUGUUGCUGGGACUAAACAGGGAAGCUAUAUCAGCGGGUUUAUAUGGCUACAAUGGAACCUUGGUCGGCAUACUGAUGGCUGUUUUCUCUGCCAAAGGAAGCUGGUACUGGUGGCUGUUAAUGCCAAAUAUGUUCAUGUCAAUGUUGUGCCCGGUGGUCUCCAGUGCUUUGUCAUCAGUUGCCAUCAAAUGGGACCUCCCGAUAUUCACACUGCCCUUUAAUAUUUUGGUGUGUCUACAUGUUGCAGCUACCGGAGCCAAUCACCCCUACUUUCCAGAGGUAGAUAUCCAGCCAAAUGACCAUCUGCACCCUACUAAUGACUCCAAGGAAAGCCUCAAUUUCUCUCAGCUAUUCCUGUCAGUGCCAGUUGGUGUUGGCCAGGUGUACGGCUGCGACAGUCCUUGGACAGGAGGUCUCAUCCUUCUGGCCCUGCUGCUUUCCUCACCAACUAUCUGUUUUCAUGCCAUGUGGGGUUCUGCUGCUGGCAUGCUGUCUGGAUUUGCUCUUGCAGCUCCUCACAAGGACAUUUACUCAGGGCUGUGGGGAUAUAACAGCGCUCUAUCCUGCAUUGCCAUCGGAGGGGUUUUCUAUGUCAUAACAUGGCAAACCCAUCUGCUGGCUCUGAUAUGUGCACUUUUCAGCACAUACAUGACUGCAGCCAUCUCAAAACUGAUGUCUGUGCUCGCAUUACCAGCCUGCACGUGGCCUUUCUGCCUGUCGACUCUCAUCUUCCUCCUCAUUUCCUCCGAGAUCCCAGUCAUCUGCAGACUGCCUUUGUCUGUAGUCUCCUACCCCGAGGAAAACCGGCGCUACCAGAGACAAUUAAAGGCCUCAGAGAUGGUUCAGCACAGUCAGCAGCGGAACAGCCAAGAAGAGGCCACGCUGAAGGAGAAUGGACGGCCAAAUGUCCAGUUGGCAGUGGAUAGGGGCCGCAGUGAACCUGUGUGAUUAGAGGAGAUACUAUUUUGUCCUGACAUGAAGUGUUAAAUCGUGGGAAUUGUCGGAACAGUAUGUUGAUAUAUUCAUUGUUGGUAUUUUCUCUCUUACAUAACAAUAUAUGUUAUAUAAAAUGGCUGGCAUUGUAGUGAGACAUAUUUUCUAAAUGGCAAACAUUUUCUUAUGCAGUAUAGCUAUUCUACACAACAGAGGGCAGCACUUCACA